AAUCAUCAUCUUCAUUGAUUUAAGUGAGUCAAUUAACCCAAGCAAUGGCCAUGGCCAUGAAAACCCUUGUGUUUGUUUGUGUCUUGGUUGCUGCAAUGGCAUUGGGAGCUCCAAUGGCUGAAGCUCAACUCGGUGGACUCAUUAGCGGCCUCCUUGGCUUGAUUAAGAUCCAAGGGACUCUAUUUUGCUCUUUCGAUGGCAACAUGGGUGCAAACGGCACCGCAACCCCAGUUUUCCCUAAUGCAUUGGUGCAACUUCAGUGCGGUGGAAGCGUGGUCUCGAGUUCAACAACAAAUGGAAAUGGCAUAUUUUCCAUCUUAUUGGAUCCAAUGCAGUUUCUUGUCCCUUCACUGCUCAACAACUGCAACUUAGCCGUCAAGACUCCACUCUCCAACUGCAACGCCUCGCUCCCAUCAGUUGGGGCACUGUUUUCGAACUUACAACUCGUUGGAAACACCCUUAUCGGACUCUUGAACAUCACCAACAUUGUUCCAGUCGGAUUUGGGCUUUUACGACCAUAACUGAACUUGAAAACA